GGGGCAGCAGCAGCUGAAAGACGUCGCUCGCGUUGCUCUGUUCGGGCUCACGCGAACGAGAGAGAGAGAGAGAGAAAACAGAGGGGGGUCUCUAGAAGGAGGCGACGAAAAAAAAAAAAAAAAAAAAACUUGGACAGGCUUGUUGGGGAAAGUGAGAAAUGCAGUGAGGACGGGUUGCAGCACACUGGUUCCAAGGUUAACUCCGGCUUAGAAGUGGAAGCUGCAGGAUGCAGUCUGGCUCUGAGGAGCAGCCGCUGGCCCUCGCUGCAGUGAAGCCACACUUUUCGACCAAUGGGAAGGAAGAGGAGGUGAACACAGAUGCAGAAUCCAUGGAGGAAGAGGCAGAGUUCAACUGGGAGGAGUAUAUGGAAGAGACGGGAGCCAACGCCGCCCCGCACACCACCUUCAAACAUGUGGAAAUCAGCCUUCAGAGCAGCUUCCAGCCAGGCAUGAAGCUGGAAGUAGCCAAUAAGAGCAGUCCUGACACGUACUGGGUGGCCACAAUCAUCACCACAUGUGGCCAGCUGUUGCUGCUGCGCUACAGUGGCUACAGCGACGACCGCAAGGCUGACUUCUGGUGUGAUGUUAUGACGGCGGAGCUGCAUCCAGUGGGCUGGUGCGCCCAGAACAACAAGACGCUCAUGCCCCCUGAAGAUAACAUUUACCUAAGAAAAGCCAUCAAGGAAAAAUACAAGGACUGGACAGAGUUCUUGAUUCAGGACCUAACGGGGGCUAGGACGGCACCAGCCAACCUGCUGGAGGGGCCUCUGCGAGGUAAGAACACGGUGGAUCUGAUCACCGAGGGCUCAGUCUUGGAGCUGCAGAAUGUUUCAGACCCUUUUCUUUACUGGCCUGUUCGAGUCAUCCAGAACAUUGGAGGGAGGCUCCGGCUUCGAUACGCUGGCCUCUCUGAAGAUCACCAGGCCCACGACACCUGGCUGUUCUACCUGGACGUCAGGCUUCGGCCCCUCGGCUGGGCCCUGGAAAACCACUUAGCCUUAGAACCACCAACAGAGCUCAGAUCUCUGAAGGAUGCCGCUGACUGGCAGCAGGCUCUGGAGGGCGCUGGACUGGAUGGACAGAAGAGUCCGUUACCACUCGAGGUGUUCAAGGACCACGUAGACCUGCCCAAGCACUCCUUCAAAACAGGAAUGAAGUUAGAGAUGGUUUCUCCACGGGAGCAGCUCCAGAUCUGCCCUGUUUCCGUCACCAAGAUCUACAAUGAGGUGUACUUCCAGGUAACAAUGGAUGAUCUUUCUGUCGAUGCGAAACCUUGGUCUGUGCUAUGUCACAACAACUCGCCUGGCAUCCUGCCGGUCCAGUGGUGUCUGAAGAACGGCGUGGCUCUGGAGAGGCCUCACGGCUACGAGGGCCAGGACUUCGACUGGGCUGACUACCUGAAGCAGAGCGGGACCGAAGCAGCUCCUGACGCCUGUUUCCCUGAUACAUGGCAGAAUCGAGCUUUUGCCAAAGACAUGUGGUUGGAGGCUGUAAACCCUCACCGACCGGCGGAGGUGUGUGUAGCUCGGAUCACUCAGGUCAGAGGACGCCUGCUGUGGCUCCAGCUGGAAGGUGUGGCAAAGCCGCUGUCAGAGUGCAUUGUGGAUGUGGAAUCCAUGGAUAUCUUCCCUGUUGGCUGGUGUGAGGCCAACUCUUAUCCUCUGACCCCUCCACUCAAACCUGUCUGCCAGAAACAGAAGAAGAUAGCUGUGGUCCAACCUGAGAAACAGCUGGCUCCAGCACAGCCGAUGGAGACGACUCCUGUGAACCACUGCCAGCUUGUCGCCAUGGAUUCAGGCUCAGCCAAUGGAAGAUACUGCUGCUCCAAGAUUUAUGUCAACCACCGCUGUUUCUCAGGCCCCUACCUCAACAAGGGACGUAUUGCAGAGCUGCCACAGGCUGUCGGACCUGGAAAAUGCACGCUGGUUCUCAAAGAGCUGCUGAGCAUGCUGAUCAACGCAGCCUACAAGCCUGGGCGAGUCCUGAAGGAGCUGCAGGAGCUGGGGGAUCAGAGCUGGGACUGCCAGGAAGAGACCCUCAAAGCCAAAUAUAAAGGGAAAACGUAUCGCUCCACCAUCAGGAUAGUCCGCCUAGCCGACCAGAUCCCUGAUUUCUGCCGCAAGGUGUGCGUGAAGCUGCAGUGCUGCCCGAACCUCUUCAGCCCUGUCCUCGUCACCGACAAGUGCCCAUUGAACUGCUCUGUACAAACAAAAACCAAAUACACAGCCUAUUACUAUGAGAAGAAGAGGAAGCUACCCAAGCCCACGGGAGGAAAGGAGACAGCAGAAGGAGAGCUGGCCAAGCCGACGCGCCGCAGGAAGAAGAGGAAAGCUAUCUUUGUGCAAAAGAAAAGACGCUCAUCAGCUGUUGACUACACUCCUGCAGGCUCCCCACAGGACAGCGAUGAGGGAGAUGACGAUGAAAGCAUGGCUUUGCAGUCGGGCAGUGAAGGCACAAGCUCGGAGCCUCGCGAGGACCACACAGAUGCCUCUUCAGUGGAGGUGACCAGCAGCAGCCGUCCUCGCAGAGCUGUGACGCUGCGCAGGGCCAUUAACGCGGGAAACUCCACGGGCCGCCAGGAGGCCCCCGGAAACCUCAGGAGGUCUACUCGCUCGUUGUUGGCCUACAACCAGAACAACAAUAAGUACCAGCCGCCCAAAGGACCAGACGUUCAGGCUGAGGAGGAGGAGGGUCAGCUGGUUUUGGACAGAAACCCUCUGGAAUGGAGUGUAGAUGAAGUUGUUCAGUUCAUUAACUCGACUGACUGUGCAUCACUAGCCAACAUUUUCCAGGAACAGGACAUUGACGGCCAGGCUCUGCUGUUACUGACUCUGCCUACAGUCCAAGAAUGCAUGGACCUGAAGCUCGGACCCGCCAUCAAACUGUGCCACCAGAUCGAGCGGGUCAAGGUUGCCUUUUACAGACAGUACGCCAACUGAGGAAAGAGCCACAACAGCAAGUCACCCUCCAGACUCCCACUCAGUCAAGAGGAAUGUUGUGGUCGUGCACAACUGAGUGAUGAUGGAUUAGCUGCCUCGUCAUGGAAAACUUUUUUGAGGAUUUACAACUUCAAAGGAGAACUUUUUUUUUUUUUGACUCAGAUAUAUUUAAAAAGCACAAACUGGGAGACAACAGGAAGAUGUUUUGCUUGGAGAACCUAAAGGAUAUAUUUGUGGGAUAUUUUCUGUGUGAUGAUAUUAUGCAGUAUUCCCAGAAAACCAGGAACCAGACAUCCUCACUGCCUGCCUCAGCAGACCAAACACGACAGCUGAUCGAUGUGCUUUGCUGAUCUGUGAAGAAUCUAUUUUGACUUGGGACAUUUUGCUCAUUUCACACGUUUCUUAUCUAUUUUAUUUGCCGUAGACGGACAUCAUAGUUUGAGAUCAUAAUAUAUAAACCACGAGUUUUCCCCUUUUUGUGUGACAUAAUUGGACCUAAAAAAAAUAAUCAAAAACUAUUUAACAAAUCAAGUAAUAUAUCUGGAGUAUUUAUUGCUAUCAUUAUUUAUGAUGAGUAAUCUAUCGGGGUGUAAAGACAAGGAUUCUACCAUAAUGUCAGUUUAAACUCCUUUUCCUCUAAAACAAAAAAUAGGAACAUUUAUUUACGCCUCAGUUUGUGGGUAUAAAAAAAAAGCAUUUUCCAUUAGUUGUGUAAGCAAAUAACACCCUGAAACAACUAUGCUCUCUAAUUAUCCGUCAUAUGAAACAAUCAUCUAAGCUAUUUUUGUCCAUCUAUGCAAUUUGUUGCUAAUAUUUUUGAUAAGAAAAUAAAUUUCUAUUGAUUUUUA